AUGGCGACGGCACAUUCUAGACCUCCGCUGAACACCCGGCGCAGCUCCACGCUCACGUUCAACUCGCCCGGACUCUCACCCGGCGGGAGUACUUCACGCCCAAACAACCCGCUCCUGCACAAGGUCCAGCGUCUUCUAUCCGCCAACCUUGAAGAUGGCGGGACACGCGCGGCGCUUGACACGCUUGGCGAGCAGGAGGGCGCAGAGGAGGUCCCGAAGUCGACAGGUGGAGCUGCGAAUGGCGCGGGCGUGCAGGGCGCAGGAGCGGCGCUCAAGCGGGGCGGACUGCGCAAGGAAGUCGAGGGAAAGAUGGCAGAAGGGAGCAGAGAGUUUCUGCAGGCGUUCUCCGAGGUCAACGACAAACUGAGCAUGCUCCAGUCACAUCUCGACGCGAUGCACGUUUGUUGCGACGAGGUCCAGACCGAGCUGGAGAAGGCCAACACGGGCACACGGUACCUCCUCGAACAUGCAGAGGGUCUACGACAACAACGAGCGACCGCCGCCGUCCAGCAAUCUCUCGUCCACGUCUUUCUCGCCCGCUUCACCCUUUCCGACGCCGAGCUUCGCGCCCUCACCUCGCGAGAAGUGCCGGUCGGACCCGAAUUGUUCGCUGCGAUGGACAAGACGGAGCGGAUACGAGCAGACUGCCGGGCGCUGCUAAGCGGAGAAGCAGGAGAAGGAACGCAGGCAGGAUUGGACAUCAUGGAAUACACUGCGCACCACCUCGAAGCCGGCUAUACGAAGAUCUACAAGUGGCUCACCUUCGAAGCGCGAGGAUUCGCGAAGGACGUCCUCGAAGUGUCGGCGACUGUACGAGAAGCUGUCUCGCGGUUGAAGAGUCGGCCAGAGAUGCUGUCGGAGGUCCUAACCGUCCUCGGCACUACCCGCUCGACCUCGAUCCUCAACCUCUUCCUCGACGCGCUCACUCGCGGCGGCCCGAACGGUCUUCCUCGCCCAAUCGAGCUGCACGCGCAUGACCCUAUCCGCUACAUCGGCGACAUGCUCGCCUGGCUGCAUCAAGCGAUGGCGGGCGAGCGCGAGUUCCUCGAGAGCCUGUUUGGAACGAAGGGGGAUGACGAGAAGGUCGCGAGGAGGGUCGGAGAGGUGCAUGCGCUGAGUCGGCACCGGAGGGUCAAGACGGGCGUCGAGGGCGCGGAGAAGGCCCGGACAGACUGGGACAGGAUCAAGAAGCUGCUCGACAAGGAUUUCGAAGGCUGCGGGCGGCCUCUCAAGAUCCGCGUUCAGCAAACGAUCAAGUCGCAGGAAUCGCCCAUCAUGGCCUACCGCAUCGCAACCCUGAUACACUUCUACAAGGUCACCAUGGAACGCACGAUCGGCGAGGACGCGUUGAUGAGCAGCGUGUUGGGCGAGAUCAUGGACAGCGCGUACGAGGCGUUCUUCGGGACGCUGCAGGCGCAAGGGCGGAGCUUGUUGCGGUUCAUCCAGCCGCCUGCCGCCGCCCUCUCCGCCCCGACUCAGCUUCGCGACGUCCUCUCGACCCUCCGUGAAAUCAUGUCGGUCUAUGCCACCUCCCUUAUUGAGAACGAAUCUACGACCGCAACAACUCUCACCAAACGCGAGGAAGACUUCAAAGACGUCCUCGAUGCGGCGCUCGACCCUGCUCUCGAGAUGUGCGGCAAGAUGGCUGCGAUGCGACAGGCGGAGUGGGACAGAGCGGUCUUCUGGAUCAACUGCGACGAGAGUGUGCUGGGUACGCUCGAGGGGUACGACUUUGUCGGCGCAAGGCGACGAGCGGUCGAGGAGGAUGAGGCGAAGUACGUGGAGAGUCUGACGGCGGAGCACCACUGCCAUUUGCUGAAGGAGAGCGGACUUGAAGCGAUUGUGGCUGCUCUGAGGGAGAAGGACGCCGUGACACUCCUCUCUUCGCUUCCGUCUGCCAGCCCAGCCGCAAUCCUUGCCGCCCAGCAAGCCUUCACGACUUUCCUCUCUACCGUCGACCCCGUCUCUUCCCCUCGACUCUCGCUUCUCCCGCCUCACAUCGCUGCCUCUAUCCACGCAGAUGCACUCAGACGGGUCAGCGAGGCGUACGCAGACGUGUGGGACGCGGUUGCGGAUCCGGCGAACGGCUACGAGGGGCGGGAUAGCUUGUUGCGGCGGAAGAAGGACGAGGUCCGGAUGUUGCUGGGCGUGCAGUAG